AUGUCGGCCAACAAAAUCAAGAUUUCCAUUGAUCGUGGCGGCACGUUCACCGAUGUGCAUGCCAUCGUGCCCGGCAAGCCUGACAUUGUCCUCAAACUGCUCUCCGUCGACCCUUCCAACUACCAGGAUGCCCCGACAGAAGGCAUCCGCAGGGUUCUCGAAACCGCUACAGGCGUAACUCUGCCCAGAGGCAAGCCUCUCCGAUUACAUGACAUAGAAUGCUUACGGAUGGGCACAACAGUCGCCACCAACGCGCUUCUGGAGCGGAAAGGAAUGAGGUCAGCGCUCUUGACCACCAAGGGUUUCAAGGAUCUCCUCAAGAUCGGCAACCAGGCCCGUCCAGAUAUCUUCGACCUCUCCGCGAGGCGGCCCGGUGUCUUAUUCGAAGAGGUAGUCGAGGUUGACGAGCGCAUCAUCCCCUCGCAUCCGCGGUCGUCUCAAAACGCUCUCUUGCCUUUCCGGACAAUCGAGGGCAUCACAGGGGAGAAGUUCCACGUGGCUCAGGAGUUAUGUAUCGAAAAGGUUACUGCAGACCUGCAGUUUCUGAAGGAGCAGGGCUAUCGCUCAGUGGCUGUGGCUCUAAUUAAUUCAUUCGCCUGCCCGGACCACGAGCUCAAGAUUGGCGAGAUUGCUAGCAAGCUAGGCUUGUCAGUUGCCCUUUCGUCGCAGCUACAGCCUAUGAUCAAGGUUGUCCCUCGUGGUAUGUCGGCUACUGCCGACGCCUAUCUUACCCCCGUCAUCAAGUCUUAUAUCGAUUCGAUCUCCGCAAAUUUUGAUGGGGGCUUGGAAGGCUCGCAUGGUUGCCGAGUCGAGUUUAUGCAGUCCGACGGUGGUUUGGUCGACUUCCGUCAGUUCAGUGGCUUGAAAGCUAUUCUUUCCGGUCCUGCUGCCGGUGUUGUUGGAUAUGCGUCGACAAGUUGGGACGAAGAGGCGCGAGUUCCUGUUAUCGGCUUCGAUAUGGGUGGCACAUCGACCGACGUGUCGCGUUUCGAUGGUCAUCUUGAUCACACAUUCUCUUCCAGUAUCUCGGGUGUCAGCAUACAAGCGCCACAGCUAGAUAUCAAUACGGUUGCCGCAGGAGGUGGAUCAAUCUUAUCCUGGAAGAACGGUCUCUUCAUGGUCGGACCCGAGUCUGCUUCCGCCCACCCUGGCCCAGCCUGUUACAGAAAAGGAGGGCCUCUCACUGUCACCGAUGCAAACCUUUUCCUAGGCCGCCUUCUGCCUGAAUACUUCCCCAAGAUUUUCGGCCCCAAUGAAGAUCAGCCCCUCGACCGAGACAUUACUCGCAAGCUGUUCAAGGAGCUCACCGACAAGAUCAACUCGGAGCACGACGCCACCUUACUCGCCCCAGAACAAGUAGCUCUCGGCUUCCUGAAAGUGGCCGAUGAGUCCAUGACGAGGCCUAUUCGCAACCUGACGGAAGCUCGUGGUUUUGAAACGUCCUCUCACCACCUGGCAUGCUUCGGGGGUGCGGGUGGCCAGCACGCCUGCAACGUUGCUGCUUCUCUCGGUAUCUCGCGCAUUAUCAUUCACAAAUACUCGUCCAUCCUGUCGGCCUACGGCCUCGCUCUUGCUGAAAUUGUCCACGAGACACAAGAGCCCAUGGCUGCUCAAUAUGUUGGCGCUGAGGAAUUGGUCACUAGCAAGAUACAGGGUCUCAUUGGCCGUUCCACCAAGAACCUGCAGACCCAGGGUUUCACGGAGAAGCAACUCAGACAUGAAGUCUUUCUGAACAUGAGGUAUGAGGGUUCGGACACAAGCCUAAUGAUCCUCAAGCCCGAGAAUGGCGAUUUCUUGUCGGCCUUUGUCCAGCGACACCGCCGGGAGUUUAAUUUCACAUUCGAGCGUCCGGUCCUCAUUGACGAUGUCCGCGUUCGAACUAUCGCGUCUGCAAACAAAAUUACCGAGAAAAGCCCGCUUCAACAGCUCAAGGAGGCGAAGUUUCAGGAACCCAGUGCAUCCGUGCAGCAUAAAAACGUCUACUUCGACUCUGAAACUGGAUACCAAAGCACCCCUGUCUAUCAACUUCGAGAUUUCAGCUCUACUGUGAAGUUGCAUGGCCCAGCCAUUAUCAUUGACGAGACUCAGACCAUCGUGGUCAAUCCAAAUGCUGUAGUCCACGUCCUUGACACAUGUGUGCUCAUCGACUUGGAGUGUGCGCCUCGCGAGGCCACCUACUCGUCAAAGGUGGACCCCGUCCGUCUGUCGAUUUUUGGUCACAGAUUCAUGUCUGUUGCGGAGCAGAUGGGCCGUACCCUGCAGAAGACGGCCGUCUCGACCAAUAUCAAGGAGCGUCUCGACUUUUCAUGCGCUUUGUUCUCCCCCGACGGUGGGCUUGUCGCCAACGCGCCCCACGUGCCGGUUCAUCUAGGAUCUAUGCAGUUUGCCGUUCGAUACCAGCAUAAGCGCUGGCAAGGAAAGCUGAAGGAGGGUGAUGUUUUGGUGUCGAACCACCCGGUGUCUGGCGGAACUCACUUGCCUGACGUGACUGUUGUCACCCCUGUGUUCAAGCAAGGAACCGACGACAUCAUCUUUUACGUUGCCUCACGUGGCCAUCAUGCAGACAUCGGUGGUAUUCUGCCAGGAUCCAUGCCUCCCAACUCCACCGAGCUCUGGCAGGAAGGCGCGGCAAUUGAGUCCGAAAAGGUUGUCUCAAACGGUGUCUUCAACGAGGACCGCAUGCGAGAGCUCUUCCUGGAUGUCCCAUCCAAGUAUGACGGCUGCUCGGGAAGCCGAAACCUGAGCGAUAAUAUUUCGGAUCUCAAGGCUCAGAUUGCCGCCAACGCUCGUGGGAUUGCGUUGAUCCAGAAUUUGACUGAGGAGUAUGGGCUUGAAACCGUGCAGAUGUACAUGUACGAGAUCCAGCGAACGGCGGAAUUGGCUGUACGAAACCUUCUCAAGGACAUGUACCACCGCUACGGUGGCCGCCCGCUGGAGGCCUUGGAUUUUAUGGAUGACGGCACACCCAUCAAGCUCACGAUCACGAUUGAAAAGGAUGGAUCGGCGGUCUUCGACUUCACGGGGACGGGCCCGGAGGUCCGUGGUAAUAUCAACGCGCCCGAGGCUAUCACUCACUCGGCGAUCAUCUAUGCCUUGCGGUGCAUGAUCAAGUCGGAUAUCCCUCUGAACCAGGGGUGCUUGAGCCCAGUUGAUGUUAGGAUCCCAAAGCCAAGCAUCCUGAGCCCCACUGGCGCUGCUGCCGUUGUCGGCGGUAAUGUCACGACGAGUCAGCGAGUCACCGAUGUGGUGCUCAAAGCGCUCCACGCAUGCGCUGCCUCUCAGGGCUGCCUGAAUAACCUCACGUUCGGGAUUGACGGAAAGACCGAUGAGGCGACUGGCCAGUUCAUACCGGGUUUCGGCUAUUACGAGACAAUUGCGGGUGGCGCUGGAGCAGGGGAGGGUUGGGUUGGAGAAAGUGGUGUGCAUGUACACAUGACGAACACCCGCAUCACUGAUCCUGAAAUCCUCGAGAAGCGGUACCCCUGUGUGCUCCGCCGCUUCGAACUCCGUGAGGGUACGGGAGGUGCUGGACGAAAUCAGGGAGGUGAUGGCGUGGCUCGAGAAAUCGAAUUUCUCACUCCAGUGCAGUGCUCCAUCCUGUCAGAGCGACGUGUGCAUCGGCCAUACGGCAUGGAGGGUGGUGAGCCGGGAUCCACUGGUUUGAAUCUGUGGCUUACAAAAGAUAAGCACACCGGUCAAGACAGGAGAGUUAACAUGGGCGGCAAGGGUAGUGUGCCCAUGAAGACUGGUGACCGAGUCGUGAUCAUGACCCCUGGUGGAGGUGGUUAUGGCAGGAAAGAGGUUGUGCGAAACGGAAUCCAUUGA